UGUCCAGCAGGAAGUUUAACUUCUUCAGUUGGGAGUAGUUGUUGAGACGGGGCGGGCGGUUAUAACCGUAGGAUUGAACCAACAACCAGCCUGUAGAGAAUGACUUGAACAACGGAUGGCAGGACAGUUUCCUCCCGGUCUCGAAGCUUUAUCGGACUAGCUAGCUAAUAUGCAAGAAGACUCAAAAUGCUCAGACGGGAACUGGUAUUUUACACCAGCUCCGAGUUAGUUAACUGUUGAGUUGUAUUCGUAAAGGCAUUAUGGCAAACGUUAAAGUUGCCAUUCGAGUCCGUCCUCUCACCGCAAGGGAGAGCGCGGAUGGAGGAAGGCUAGCAGUUCAGGUGGAGGACAAGCUUGUGAGCAUCAAAAAUGUAAAGCUGGAUGGACGUACAGACGGUGCUGUAGAUUCGAGGGAGAAGCUUCUGGAGUAUUGUUUUGACUACUGCUACUGGUCGGUGGACCCUGCAGAGCCUCACUAUGCCUCGCAGGAGGAGGUGUUCCAGGACCUGGGUGUUUCUGUGCUGUCCGCAGCCUCAGAGGGCUACAAUGUGUGUCUAUUUGCUUAUGGCCAAACAGGAUCUGGAAAGACGUACACCAUGAUGGGGACACCGGACUCCAUUGGCUUGACUCCUCGGAUCUGUCAGGGUCUCUUUAGGUCUGAAGACACUUUUUCUGAUGGGCAAAACUCAAGCAGAGUGGAGAUCAGCUUCCUGGAGAUCUAUAACGAGCGUGUGCGAGACCUGCUGAGAGGAGGAGAGCAGAAGAAAAGAGCCUCCCUGAGAGUUAGAGAACACCCGGAGAAAGGACCCUAUGUACAAGACCUGUCGCAGCACGUGGUCUCAGACUGCAAGCAUGCCAUGGAUCUUUUGGAGGAAGGCAUCGCCAACCGAAUCACCGCAGCAACCCACAACCACGAUGCCAGCAGCAGAUCCCACGCCAUCUUCACCAUCCAGUACACACAGGCAAUCCUAGAAAAAAACCUUCCUUCAGAAACUGUCAGCAAGAUUAACCUGGUGGACUUGGCUGGGAGUGAGCGAGCAGACCCCCACUACUGCAGGGAUAGAUUGACAGAGGGCUCUAACAUCAACAAGUCACUGGUCACUUUGGGCAUCGUCAUAUCUGCUCUUGCCCAGAACUCCCAGAUGUCCAGCAGCUGUCAGAGUAUCAACAGCAUGGCAUCUGAGGGCGAUGGCAGCACGGCAGGAAGCCACAGCAGCUCCCUGUCUGGAGGAGGUGGGAGGAGGCACUGCUUCAUCCCCUACAGAGACUCGGUCCUAACCUGGCUGCUGAAAGACAGCCUGGGCGGCAACUCCAAGACCAUCAUGAUUGCAACGGUCUCGCCCUCGGCUAGCAGUUACAACGAGACCCUCAGCACCCUGCGCUAUGCGGCCCAUGCCAGAAAUAUUGUCAACAAGCCUCGGGUUAAUGAGGAUGCCAAUGUACGCCUGAUCAGGGAACUGAGAGAGGAGAUUGACAGGUUGAAGAGCAUGCUGCUCAGCUUUGAAAUGCGGCGUAAUCCCAGUCCAUCCCUUAGCGAUGAGAGGGAUGGAAAUCUUUCUGACAUUGUGCUACAGAACGAAUUAAAGGUGGAGCAGCUGACAAAGGACUGGUCGGAGAGCUGGAGCGACAAGAAGGAGCUGCUGGAGCAGUACAGCGUGGACAUCAACCGAGACCGGGCCGGAUUCCUCAUCAACUCCUUCCAACCACACCUGGUUACUCUGGAUGGAGAUGUUCUUAGCACCGGGGUCGUCUUUUAUCACCUCAGGGAAGGAGUCACCCACAUAGGACCUCAGGAUCAGUUUGAAGAACCACAGAUAGUUCUGCAGGGCAGUGCCAGCUGCGAGAUUGAAAACCACGGAGGUGUGGUUACGCUCACACCGCUGCCCGGCUCUGUCUGCCUGCUCAACGACAGAGAAGUCACUGAGGCCUGCAGACUGGCUCAAGGGAUGGUGAUCACCUUGGGAGGAGUGCACAGGUUCCGCUUCAACCACCCAGCAGAGGCAGCCGUCCUCCGGGAACGCAGACGGGCCAGUGAAGGUGGCAUGACCUGCACCUACAUUGAUCUUUGCCCCUUGACCCCUGACCACAGAAAUAGGGCAAUGCUUCAUACGUGUUUCAGUUCAGUUGGUGGAGAUGUCCAGCAGUGGAUUUUGCAGGAGAAACGGCGCCUAACAACUGUAGAGCUGAGAAUCACCAAAGAGUCUGGAGUUCAGACAGACCUUAUCCCCGCACCCCUCCUGGAGCCAGGGGCAAGUCAGGCAUCUGAGGACCAGGAAGGUCAGACAGUGGACCAUCCGUCCCCGGUGGUAAGGGCCAGGAAGAAGGCGGUGCAGGAGGAGCUACUAAAGCAUCACGCCCUUUGCCGCUCCGAGAGCCGCAUCCGUCGGAAAAAGUUGCACUACCAGCUGGAAAGAAUCGCCCGCAAGCGGCAUCUGUUGGAAGCUAAGAAGGAAUUGCAGCGACUGGAAAGGGCCCUGCCUCCAGGACCAGCCAGCCCAGAGUCUCCUGAGCUGGGGUCCCCCACAAAGCUCAAAGGAAGACCAUUUGUUUCUCGUAGACACUCAUUCUCAGCAGAUCUUCUGUCCCGGCUCUACCCACAGAACACCCCUAUCUUCAGACACUUCCUUAAGAGAAACAGAUCCACAGAACUGACGUCAAAUUCCUCCACGACUUCUGAUUCCAUUGGCAGCAGGGAGUGGGUUUCGGAUGAGUGUCUUCCACGGGAAAGAACCCAAAGUUGUUCCGGUACGUUCUUCUCAGGACAAAGUCAAACGUGCCGAAGUAGAGUAAGCUCUUCUGAAAAUAUCAGACAAGCUGCCAAAGAGGAGCACCAAGCUCCGCCCUGCCGGGAACGACCAGAAAGAAAACCUCUGCUGCCAAACCGAGGCCUGUCUUUCAAGAACAGAUCGGAUCAGAACUCAGUUACUCUGAAGUCACCACUUGGAACUAUUUUGCAGCCAGUCGGCAAUAAAAACAUACAUGAACCCACAGCACGCAAAACCAGUUCUCAGAUUGUCCCCUGCAUGAAUGAGUUAAGUCACAAAGGUAACAACAGACCAGAAACCACAGAGAAGACUUCCUCUCGUUCUGUUGGGCCCAGGUUAAAAAUGGCCCUGUCCAAAGUGUUCAGGAAACCACCAUCAGGUGUGACUGGAGGCCGAGGUCCCAAACCUCUGGGGAGAAUAGCUAGCAAAUUUUACUGGAAACAAAGAAGAGACAGGAGCCUUAAAGAUACCAAAAUUAGCCGAAGCAAAUGUGCUGUUAAAACAGCGGUCUCGUGUGAGGAGCUUGACCAAAGGACUCUGUCUGAGGACAUUAAACAAAGGCGGUGGCAUAGCACAGAGGCUCUGAUGAACAAGACCAGCACAUGGGUCGAGAGACAGCAGGGAUUGAUGGGAUGGGAGGAAGAGCAAGAAGACCGAGAUGAAGGAACGUCAGACUGUGAGAGCCUUUUCUCUCUUGAUUCGCUGUCCUCCGCUUAUGUGACAGCCUUAGCAGAGCAGCUGAGACACGAGGAAGCAGCUCAGAGUGAAGCAGAGAGCGAAGACAGUCAGAUGUCUAAGGAUUCAUUGGCUGUGGAGAGCAGUGGGAAAUACUCAACAGUGGAGAAACUUAGCCGAACAGUGGUGCCAACUUACUCAUUGGUGACAGAUUGCUCCCAUUCAUCCAUGCGACACAAUAGAACAGCAGAGAUCAGUUUAGACCGGGACAGCCCUCAGAAACCUCAGGCAAUCCCAGCAGAGGCGUAUUGGAGCCAGCAAAACUCCCCAAAAUCAAGACACAGUGGUGCAACAAGGAAGCCUCUUUCCCGCAACUCAUUAGUAGCAGAUUCCAGAGGCAGAGACACUGUACACAAAAUGAUUGAGGACUUUGGGAACAUGCAGACCACUUCGACCAUCAGCCCACGCUCCCUGAGUAGCUGCAGCGUGAUGGAGCCAGAAAACAUGCUGGCACUCACCGAUGCCUGGUCCUCCACUGACGCAGCAGAUAGUCCCAGAAUUUACAGAGACUCUCUGCCUUUCCAAAGAAAAAUGAUGUUCAAAGGUGUAGAGAGCAGCAGCAGAAGCAGCAGCAGUCCCAGUCCAACCAAUAUGAACCUCUCAGAUUCUCAGAGCGGAUCUAGAAGCUACAGCUCAACAUUCACCAGCACUGAGGGUGUAAAUGUAACCGUGCAGGAUCAACCCAGUGUUGAAAAUUCAAGGGGCGCAUUAGACACAUUCGAUUUUCAAGACUCUGAGAUUCUGACAACGCCAGAUGAAGCCCUGAAGGAAGUAGGAUGUUGUGUAGAACAAUCAGACGGACAAGUAGAAAAUAAGGGGAAGGCAGCUAUAGCUACUCCAGACUACAGCAGCAUCAAAAGCCCAGCAUCCUUACCAACCUUACAUCAAACCAAUCGUGUGUCACCCACUGAGAUCCUCUACACUAAACAACAAGAAUUACAGGUACAAUUGCUUCAGGUGUUCACAGAUGAACCUGACAUGGUGACCGUUGACACUACGAUGUCCUCUGACACUGAAAUGUGUAUGUCAGGUUGUCCGUCAGUAAUGCAUUUCUCUACAAGUCCUACUAACCAAGGUCCAGUAUUGAACAAGAUGUCUGACCCUGCAAGUGCUUUCAGACUGUCAACCGAAGAUGAAGCACUAUGCAGCCUAGAUGGUGCAACAGAAAAGUUGAAAAAUAGUCAGCAAUACGAGCUUGGAAACGCCAAAUAUGGAUCUAGGGAGGAAAUGUUGGAUGAGGCUGAAACCCAAGGCACUGAGCAGUACAUUGCACUACAGCAGGAGCUUGUUAAAUCAGCUUGUAAAAAUUCCAGGAAGAGGAACAAAGACCAACAGGAUGCUUUCAUGUGCAGCCUGAAAAUUCCAAAAAGGAGCAACAGCAGAGAGUUGGUAACUUUCUGCUCUGCAGCAGCUGGCAGCCAGGAUUAUAUUUGGCCUGAUGACAAUAAUAACACAAAAGGCGAACAGUCUGCCGUGCAUUCUGUUUGUGUUAAUGGCAGCGUUAGACAGGACAAAGUGGCUUCAGAGGUGUCGCCAGUUUCUGAUCCCAUGAGCAGGAAACUUGGACGGAUCUUUGAGGACUCUGAAUGUGGUGACAAUAGUCCUCAGAGUGGUACCUCUGCGGGAGAGAGGGAAGCCGUUGAAAAGGGAGAUGUAACAAUAAAGGCGGUAGCUGCAGAAACAAAAGCAGGGGAAUCACAAAGUCAUAACACCAGAAAACAUCAAGAAAACAGAAAACACAUAUGCAAGUCAGAUGCUAUUUGUAGUGCCAUUGACCUGAGAAUCUCAGAGGUGGUCAAAGAGCACAUGAGACUGUCAUUGAUUGGCAGCAAUGAUGACAGGAAGAGCAGGAGUCAAAGCCUGAAUGCUUUGUCAUCAUCCGUGUGUAAAUUUGGCUGUAAUAGUGAUGAAAAUAGAGGGACAGAAAAAGAGCUGAGAGAUAAAAUGAGUGAUCAGAUAAAGGAAGGAGCAAUCCUUGAACACCUUUCACUGGAAAGGUUAAGUGAAAACCCAGUGGACAACAGUGUGCACCUGGCAUCAGAUCUGCCAGCUCAAUUGAGGACUAGCCUUGAGAGCAACAUGCUUUUAUCUACUGAAGUAACACCGAAGAUUGACCAAGCUCAAAACUUCUCUGAUGUGACACCAAACAAGCUAGUAAUCGACCAUUGUUUUUUCCAAAACCCCUCUGCCAAAAACAUCCAAUCAAAUCUGACACCCAACAGCCACGGAGAGUCUGAGCACUCUGGCAACCCCACUUUGCAACCGAAUACGCCUAGUUUGUCCUCAAUGAGUGAUUCCUCCGAUAAUUCUCAAGGAACUGCUGUGGAGAAAGAUGCUAUGUGUCAAGAAGUGAAUGAUUCAGGUAAACAAAAAGUAACCUCUCAUCUUAAUCCCAUCAUUCAUGAUGCCUGCUUGAAUGAAGUGAACCUCCAGAGCUGUUUGGAUGCCCCUGCUGUGAAUCCUGAACUUCACAGAAUACCCCAUAAAAAACCUUCCACCAUGGGUGAUGCAAAAGAAAACUGCGGAUCUAAUCCCGUAAAGGAUGUCAAUGUGGAAGCCACAUUAAGUGUUGACUAUAAAGGUUGUUACUCGUACAAACGGAACGCUCCGAGGACGAUUCAACAUUUCCAAAAUAGUCCUGACGCAUCUGGAGCCAUACAAUCAUUAUCUGAUGGAGGAAGUCUUCAACUCAAACCACACAUACAUUACAGCAGCCAGAAGACACCCACUGAUGAGAAUGCCUCUAUGAAAGGGUUUGAUGUUUCUCCUGGCCGUAAUGGAAAUGGUGGAACAGUCAACACAAAAGGGGGUAAACCUUGUGUCACAGCACAGGAUGAGUUCAGCUGUCCACAGAGUCAUUUAAAUGACUUGGCUCAGACUUGUGUGGUCAAUUUGAAUUACAACAGCAAAUGCCAAAAUGUAUCAAAUUCACUGUGCAAAUUUGAUCAGGAUACUCAUAUUGACAGCCGACAAGAUUGGGCGGUGAAAAAAGACAAAGAGACAUUCACCCCAAAGAUCUUCGCAGAGUCAAAAUAUGAAGCAAGGAUUUCUGGUUCUAUGCAGCAACAACCCAAAAUACCACAGGGGAAUGCCGUCACAAAUACAAGUUGCUAUGGAUCUGUGAUGUCCAAAAAACAGGUUGAGCUUAACACACCUGGUGAUAAACAGGAGAAUCAUGCUCUGAUGUCUAAGAAGGCCAAGUCUAAGAGGUUCAGAAAGUCUAAGAUCCAGACUCAUCCCCCGUCUUCAUACGAGUCCUCUCUUAAGUCAUCAGAUGAGGAUGAGGAGGAAGACAUAACCACCAGAGGGCAUCACAGCCGGCUCUCCUCCAAAUGUGUAAAGCUUGGCGCUCAGAGUAAUGGCAAAGAAGAAGUCAGACAGGCUGCAGAUACGUCUACCACAGUGUCAGCGAGCAAAUUUAAAAUGAAGACUUGUUUUGCUGGAACUCAGGGUAAAAGUGAAGUUAAAGUCAUCAGAGAUUACUCCCAAAAAAGUCACUCUUUAUCCCCUCAAGCAUUGUCACAAAGGACAAAAAACAUCCUGUAUGCAAAGAAAAGUGAACCACAGCAGGACUCCCAUAUGCAUUUUGCCUCCAGUGACAUCAACCCGUUUGUUCACCAGUGGCAAGGCGACGACUCGGACCAACACUGUUAUAAGAACCCAGCAUUUGGGAGUGCUGCUGACCUAUCCUGUAAAUCUCCACUUUUGAACAGCGCUGAGAAACGUAUAACAAGAUGCUGUAGCGUUGACAAUGGUUUGAACAGGCAGAACUCUCCUUUCAAUUCACAUCUGAGCACUUAUGCCACCAACAAGGGACUCUCCAGUACGCUUAGCAGUAUGGAGGAUUAUAAGGAACAAGGGAACAAAACAUCUCCACUCCCGCCCUGUCAUCAGGCGUCCCUUGAUAUUCACAAUCAUAUAGCCAAUCUGACAGUGACCGGCAGUUCUUCAAGUGACAAUCAUCCUGGGGGUUUUGGUAACAACUCCAGUCAGGUGGAUGAAAUUAUGUUUGUGUACUCGUCUGAGCAAGAGUCUCAGGCAAGCAAAACACAGGCACAAAGAAGGAGGACAUGUGAGCAUGGCACUCAAACAGAGUGUGGCCUUCAGACGGUAAAUAUUGGUAACAGCAGUAGUGCUCCAAAGAGGAGAGAGCGGCACAAAAGGAGUAACACUGAUGUACCUGUAACACAGAAAACCAAAGUAGACAUUAAAGAAUCUCCAACGUGGGCCAGUAUGGAAAGCAUGUCGGCUCGCCUCUCAAAGCUUAUCGACAGCACCUCGGACCUGCUGGGGGACGUCCAGGAAAUGAGAACAGGCAAAGCCCUCCAGUCAAGUCUGAGGAGUGUCAACUUGUCAAAUAUGAGCAUGUCUUACAGUGAGUCUAAUGACUGCACACGGAGAGACUGCUCAACUCAAACAGCCAUAGAUGUUGGGAUCCAAACAGAAAGGUCUCCAACACCAGCAGAGAAGGUCGCAGCUCAUCACCCAGUGAGAGGUCCAAAACCUCAUGAAGUCAAUGUGAUAGUCAAAGUGAUUGGUUCUGAGGUUGUCAGUGUGUCCCAAGACAAAAAUGUGCACUGUGCGGUGAAGAGUACAGAUGAAAAGAUGCAGAGCAUGCCUGAGCUGAUCUUUAACACCUCUGCUGCAGCACAAAGGUCUAAUGGCCUUCUGAAAUCACUUCCUUUAAAGACUGCAGGUGAAUGUCAACGACGUGUAAGAUCUGCUUCUUCUAGAGGCUCAAAGCAAAGCACGCCCGAGGCACUGGGCCAAAAGAGUGUUACAGUAUCUGAAGUCUCCCGCAGAUCAUCAAAAAACGCCUACCAAGAAAAUCACAGUCCCUCUUUAAGAAAUGACCCAUCGCUUUUUUUAAAGAAACAAGCUACAUACACAGACCGUGCAUCAUCUCCCAUACUGACUGUGGGAGUAAGAUUGCAGAUGAAGCAGACAGUAAACCAAUCAACACUAAAUACACACCAUCAUUCUGAGAGAGACAGCCUUACUGUGUCUUCUAGCAAACACUUAGCUUGCACAGCUGUUUCAGAGGAUGAUCAAAUGCCCAGACCGGAUUGUGAUGUUUCCUCUUGUACAUCAGAGUCUGUAUCACUUGAGAAGGUGAGUGAAAUGAGUUGCUCAAGCCCUAAAGGCGCUGAUAAGUGCUCUAUAAAUUCAUCACUGGAUAGAUAUACAGAGACUGACAGGGGAAGUGUUACCUAUAAAGACUCCAAAUGGCAGAUGAGCUCUCAGCAGUGGCGGACUUCUGCUUCAACAAAAGAUUUAACUAUGCAGAACAACAUCUCUCCCAUAUUAAGACAGACUGAUGUGCACAAACAGCAGGCUAAAGCUAGACAUGGAAGAACAUCAAGACCUGCAGUUGAUUCUGGUGAUUUUUGCCCUGAUUCCUACAAUUCACCCCCGGUCAGCAGCAGAACGGUUCAACUCCAAGAGGACGAUGUGGUGUCGAUGGCACCCAGCGAGUGCAGCACAGACGUCCUCGUGAACAUUAAACCCAUCGCCAGUGUGUCCCAGUGUAAACACCACCAGAUGGACCCAGAAGACCUGCCCAUGCACAACAAGUUCACCAACUGGUCGGGCAUUAACCUUCAGCACUCACAACACUCCAACAAAGUGGCCACAUUUCCUACCAAAGAACACGACAAGAGCAGAAACUUUGCCCAGUGGGGCGAGAUGGAGAGCUGCGACUCAAAUGUAGAGUUCGCAGCCCAGAGCGGCAGAAGGACGAGAGAGAUAGAGAGGCUGCGACAGGAGAGAGAGCAGGUGAUGGCGACGGUCAACCUCAGCAUGAACCCGACACCGCUGACUGUGGAGCUGACAGAGGCUAAGCUACACUACGGCCUCGGAGAGACGGAUACACUGUUAAAGAUGCUGUCCCCGAGGACCAGAGAAGAGCUGGAGCCCCCGACCUCUGCAACUACCAAACAGCAGCUGUAUGCUAGACACCGCAGGAGUAUUGAAGGUUUAAGGCAGGACAGGGAGGAACGUCUCCAGACUUACCGGAGAGCUCGUAGUCUGAGUCCCAGCAAACAUCCCCGCUCCUCUCCACCAGAGGCUGGCUCCAAGGUGUCUGCCGCCAUGCCCAGUCGACGUAAAGAAUACCUGCAACAUCUCCGCCAAGAGGUGAUAGACAGCUCCAGAAUAUCAGACCCCCCACGAGGGGAGGGCCAGUGUCCGUCUGACAUUGAGCAGCUGUUGCGCGACUACGGCCGAGCCAGGGAGGAGGCCAGGACUGAGAUUGCGAAAGCACGAGAACGACUGCGAGAAAGGACUGAGCAGGAGAAGAGGAGGCUACAGCAGCAGGCCCUGUCUCAGGAAGCCAAGGACGACCCGAGGCAUCGGACAAGAAUCAGUAACAGCACCUUAUGCACAGGAUCCAGCAUGAGCCUUUCCUCUGGACCAACGUCGGGGUACAACAGCGGCAACACUGCCCAGCUACAGCAUGGCAACAGGCCACUUCUGACUGGACAGAUCACAGGGUUCCACGAGGAAGGGCUGAAGGUCAGGACACGUCCUCCUAUAUGUGGUCCACAAAGUGUGAAGUCACAGAGAGCCUGGCUGUCUGCCCAGGAUGUUCGCCUUGAGCCUCCUGUCACCGGGUUUGAGCCCCUGAUGACUUCAUCUCCAUCACCCCCAUCUUGUACACGUCACCGCAACGCCUCCUUUGGCUCCACCUCUUCCAUAUCCACAACCUAUCAGGAUAUCACAUCUAGUCUCCUCGGUCGAGCGCUGGCUGAGGUACAACUGGCUUCCUCUGGGGAUUUGAGCAACCUGCUAACGGGCAAGGCCACAGCAGGCUGGAGCUACCAGGGAGAAGAAGGAGGUAUCCAGGCUUACUACAAGCCCUCCUCCAGCCCAUCUGUCCAUGGUUUCCUUGGGGCCGGGGAGCUGGACAGACCCCUGGACAGUCUGUGGAACAUCAUCUGCCAGCUGUCCAAGAGCCACAUGUAUCAUCAGUCGCUCCGUUCUGUCUGGACACGACCACUAGAUGACAGCACUCAGCUGGUUUAUAUACUAACGGAUCCAUCCACCUGCCACCUCAGCCAGCCGCGGGACUUCUGCUGCAUCAGCACCGAGUCCAAACAGGGUGGCUUGUCUGUGCUGGCAAUGCAGUCUGUGUUCGAGGAGUCUCUGCCUCGUCCCAGUGUGGAUGCCGUCCGUGGGGAGAUGAUGCCCAGUUGCUGGAUCCUGCAGCCAAUUAGACUGGAUGGACAGGAAGCCACCAGGGUCAUCUACCUGCUACAGGUGGACCUAGGAACUCCAUCCUUUCCUCACCGACUGUUGAACACUGUUUCCAGAAGACAGGCAGCUGUCAUCGCUGAUCUGGACGCUUUCCUCGCUAAAUCCACAGGACUCACGAAGACUCUUUAGACUAAACUGUCUCCAGCAUGGAGUUAGUCUGCCUUUUUAAAUUUGCACCUGAAAUGUAUUUACUUGAUUUGUUUUUAUUAUUCUAAGAGCACUGUUGUAUUGUUUCCUAGUUACAAAGUUGAAGCAGCUUUCUUUUUUCUUUUUUUAUAUGAAGGUAUGUUUUUGAUAAAAUAUUGAAACUGUAUUUUUAUAUAUUUGUGAUGUACAUGAAUGCUUGUAACAAUCAUAAUCCCAUUUUACCAAAGAUUGAUUAGAAGUCUAAGGGACUUGGCAUGACACAUGCUGUGUAGCCUCGGAUAGUUAGUCAUCAAGCUGUCUAAGCCUAAACAAAGUUUCCCCACCUAAUUGAUCCAUUCAUGUGAUGACAUAUUUAUAUUAUAAUAUUUAUAAACUGAUAAGUAUCAGCUAUUUAACUCCCUUAAUUCCCUGUUAGCAACAUGGUGUCUAUUGGGUUCUACCAUAUUAUAACAGCCAAAUAUGUUAAAGUCAGCAAGGACAUCCUAGCUAGAGAACGUUUAAAUGGAAGUCAAAGAGUCGGUCAACAGAUAGUCAAAGGUUCCACUGAUUUGAUGUAUAGCUACUAUAUAUAUCUAUUUUCACCUGUGUUUACUUUCUAGAUGGAUGGAUGGAUGGAUGGAUGCAGCCAGCUUUGUUCUUAGAGGCACAUAUCAAUAUAGCUGAGAUUAGGACCAUAAACAGAAGGCAGUAUAACAUUGUCUGGGUCAUGCAGUUUUUGCAAGCACUUAAAUGCUUUGUUUUCACCUAGACGAUGGUGGGGGAGGGGGGGGUUGCCAGAUAUGACUAAAUGAAAGCUGGAACACUGAGACAUACUUAGGGUGGAAAGUAUUUGUAGGAAGGAACUAUUUGCAAAUACUAUGUACUGUAACCCUGAUUUGUAUGUACUUAUAUCAUCGGGCACUGCAUAUUUUAACCACUCAAACACCUUAAUUCUGCAGAAGAUUUACGUCAAAUGUCCGUUAACAUUUUUGCAGCAAAAGGGGGUAUGAUCAAAAAGUAUACAGAGGGACUGUAUGACAAAUUGUUAGGGGG